AUGGGUUUUCCAGCAAAAUGGAGACACUGGAUCAUGCAGUGUGUUACAACGGUGUCCUAUUCUAUCCUUAUCAAUGGUGAGCCAAGUCAACCUUUUAAACCCAAGUGUGGAUUACGGCAAGGGGACCCAAUGUCACCAUAUAUAUUCAUUUUGGUAAUGGAAGUUCUCUCGCGGAUGCUUUCCAAAGCAGAGGCAGAUGGAUGUAUCAAAGGUAUCCGGAUUGCAAGGAAUACCCCUUCCAUCUCACAUUUGUUUUUCGCGGAUGACUCAUUGUUUUUCUUUAAAGCUACUCAUGAGUCUUGCAGGGAGUUAAGGGGCAUUAUUGACAGUUUCUGUGAGGCUUCGGGGGAAGCAAUAAACUUUGACAAGUCGAGCGUCAUCUUCAGCCCAAACACCCCGAUGGAUAUGAAGAAUGAGUUCAAACGGAUUCUGGUGGAUGGCCGGUCGUCCAGGGCGUACCAACCACUGGUCGAUAAGGUCCAACAGAAAAUUCUUUCCUGGAAACACCUAUGUUUAUCCCAAGAUGGAAGACUGCUCCUUAUUAAUGCAAUACUAGCAGCAUUGAGUGCAAAUAUGCUUUCGGUUUUCAUGGUUCCGAAGAAAAUCACCAGGAAAAUUGAUUCGCUCCUGAUGCACUAUUGGUGGAGUGGUUCGAGUGAUAAAAGAAGCAUAUGUUGGAUCAAAAGAAAAACACUGGAACUCCCGAAAGGAAUGGGGGGGGGGGGGGGGGUGGGUUUAAGAAGUGUGGAAAAAUACAAUAAGGCCCUCUUGGUUAAGCAAGCUUUUCGAGUUCAUAACUCCCCAAAUCUUUUACUCUCCAAAGUCAUGAAUGCAGCAUAUAAAAGGUCUCCUAUAGAAGCUGCCAUAAACAAUAGUAUUCAAAGCAACGCGUCUUGGGGCUAUAGAUGCCUAGGGAAGUGCUCUAGCAUGAUUAAGCAUGGCUUAGGAAAGGCUAUAUUCUGUGGAAACAGUGAUAUCCAGCAUGAUGUAUGGUUUCCUUCAGGUGAGACUAAAUGUAAAAAUGCUACUCAGUUAAGACAAACGGGUAUUGCUCAAGUUAAGGAUCUCAUGAGGAAUGAUGCGAGGGUUUGGAACACACAUCUGAUCUGGAAAAGCUUUGAAAAGGAAACAACUCGUGAAAUUUUGAGUCUGCAUAUUCCAGAGGACAACACGGAUGAUCAAAUACAGUGGGUGGCUGACAAAAAAGGUAAUCCUACUGUUAAAUCUGUCUAUAAUUUUCUGAUUCUGAAUCAUGUGGAUUAUCAAAGUAUAGACAGACAUGACAAUAUUUGGACAAAGCUAUGGCAAAGCGAUCUUAGUCCGAAGUGGAAGGUGUUUGUGUGGAAGCUGAUGCAUAAUGCUCUAGCUACUAAGGACAACCUGAGGAGGAGGGGUAUGGGAGGGGACAAUGUAUGUGUUUUAUGUGAGCAUGACAUGGAAAGCACCUCCCACUUACUUAGAGAGUAUACGGUAGCUGCUCAUGUGUGGCGUUCCUCCUCUCUGGGAGUUUCUACAAUAACUAACACACACCUGCAUUUCAGAGAUUGGAUAAAGAAUUUUCUGAAUUUUCUAUGGAAAGAAGACGGGAGAACAAGCAUAAGAGUGAUUACCUUUGUUACUAUUCUUUGGUCUAUUUGGUUGCACAGGAAUAGUGUCAUUUUUAGACACUCGAACCGGAAUCCUGCACUAAUACUUCGUAUGGCUCAUCAGUUUGGGGAGCAGUGGAUGAAUACAACUCCAAUAAGGAAUAAAAUGAAGACUACCAGAACUAGAGAUUCUCUAAUACAACAUGAUGGAGAAGGAAAACAUGUGAUUCUCAAAGGGGUGGGCAACGAUCAUGAAGCUAUCCUUGUUACUGAUGGAGCUUGGAAGAUGCAUAAAAAGAAGAAAUUUCCAGUGGCGGCUGCGGGUUGGGUUCUGCGAAAGGGAAACAUAGUGAUUGCUAAAGAAGGAGUUAGAGUAGAAGCCAUGAACCCAAGUCAUGCGGAAGUUAAAGCCAUCUUCAUGGGGUUAUCUUAUGCCAGUCAGCAAGAUAUUCAAGGAGUAAGGAUCUACACCGACUGCAUAGACGCUAUUAUCUCUAUAAGGGACUUCCCCCAUUGCGAACUUGAACUAGUUACGUACUCUGUGCAGUGA